CCUGCCCAGCUGUCCUGCCUGGCCAGACUGCUCGCUGCCAAGAACCUAACAGCUGAUUUCGGCAAGUAUCCGCCAGACCUGCUGCUCUUCUUCGACUCAGCCGAGGUGCGCGGUGGGACCUGCGGAGCAUUUUACACCCGGGCUUCCCGCGGGAACCUCGACCUGCUGCCCAAGGGCUCAUCCCGGCGGACGGGGCUGCUGCGUGGGGCUCUGGCCUGCCUGGGGGUGAAGAGCAGCCGCCUGAGCCCCGAGCAGCUCGGCAGCCUCGGGGCGCUGGUGUGCGACAUGGAGCCAGAGACCAUCACGGCCUCAGACCCCGGCGUCCUGGAGAACCUGAAGCUCUGCCCAGCGCUGACGGGGGCCCAGCGGGACGCCCUCAACGCCGUGCUCCUCACAGGGGGCACAGCGUACGGGGAUCCUUUGAGCUGGGAUUUACAGACUCUACAGAAUUUGGGGCCGCUCGUGCUGGCUUUGAAUGAGACCACGCUGAGUUUGGUGGCCAAGGCAGCACGGGAGGCUUUCGGCAGGAGCAUCGCGGCUGCGUACAGCAGCCAGGGACGUUCCCAGCGGGAGAAGUCCCUGACCAUCCUCAGGGCCAUCACAGCAGCGUCAGCUUCAUCUCAUCCCAGGCUGAAGCGGAGCACAGACCGCUGCCUGUCCGCACCCAUCACAGCCAGCACCGUCUCCGACCCCCUCUUACUCAUCAGCUACGACACCAGCGAGCAGUUUGACCUCUGCCUGAGCAAUGAGGUUUUAAAAGCAAACCUGGAACCUCUGCUGGAACAGCCGUUCACCGUGGAGUACCUCUGGGUCAUAAAAAAAAAGCUGGAGCAGAUUUACCCAUCGGGGAUCCCGGAGGAGCAGCUGAAGCUGUUCGGGCCACUGUCCCGCCAGUACACGGCGGAGGAGAUCAGCCUGUGGCCGGUGACAUCCAGCGACCCGCUCUUGGCCCUGCUCAGCCCCUCGGAUGGCAAGUGGAAGGCUCCCCAGGUCCAGCAGCUGCUCAGCAGGUUCCUGGCCCUGGGGGGCACCUUGACUGGGCCCUUGCUUUGGAAAAUCGGUGGGAGAAACCUGUGUAAUCUGCAGGAGGAACAGCUCGAGCAAAUAUCUCCAGAAGCAAUCGGGACCGCCGGACAAUUAAACAUUUCUUCUUGCUCUCAAACCAAGAAGGACAAACUCUACAGGAAAGCCCAGGAGGCCUUUGCUGGCCAGGUGGGCAGCACCAGGGCUUAUUACUGCCGGAUUUGGCCGUACCUGGGUGGAGCUCCAGCAAAGGACCUGAAGGACUUGGCUAAAAGUGGGGUUGCCAUAGACAUGGACAUAGACACCUUCCUUGCCUUAAAUCCCGAUGAGCUGGAGAAACUCAACGUCACGGAGGUGAAAAAUUUGCUUGGGGAAAACCUCCCUUACCUGAAGGAAGCUGAAAAUGAGACGUCAGUGAUGCGCUGGGUGAAGAGACAGUCCCAGCGAGAACUGGACUGCACCCUGGGAAUCGGCCUGCAAGGGGGAAUGGCGGACCCCAGCCCCACAGCAACGGCCACCCCUCCUCAACCCACCGUCUCGGCCACCGUCACCCCCACGACAACUGCUCCCAUGCCCACCACCCUCCCCACUGUCCCCACCCCUACUGCCAUUAACAGCCUCCCUACCACUGAUUCAGGUACCGGCCCCCACAAGGCCCCCACCCCAAGCGCCAUCAGCCCAACCCCCCCUAACAGCACUCCCCCACUGGGGGCUUUCACCCCCACCCCCAGUGCUGCUGGGAGCCCCUCCGCUGCCCGGCCCGCUCUGACCACCAGCCCCAUCGUCCCAUGCUCCAUCCACCAGCCUGCCACCUCAAGUAAGGCCACCCCCCCCGCCAUCACCCUCCUCACCACCAUCUUUGCCGCUGUCAGCCCCACCACCGCCUCUCCCAGCUCCAUCCCACCCCCUGCUCUCACACGUGGGGCCACCACCACCACCAGCGUUGUUACUAAGCCGGCUGUUACACCCCACAACACCAGCACCCCACUGGUGUCCGCAAACCCCCCAGCACCUGGGGGAACCGCCAACCCUGCUCCUGCCACCGGUAGCACCGCCACACCGAGCACCCACAGCGCUCCCAGCACCCUUGUCCCCAACCCCCCCUCCGCAGCCACAGAAAAGAACCUCCCUCCCCAUAAGCCCACCCCGACCCCCAACUCCACCGUCUCCACCCAAAAGAGCAUCGUGUCCUCAGAGGCCAAGACUACAACAUCGGUUUGCAAGACCGGUGCCCCUCCGGCAUUUCUCGGCCCUUCUUCCACCACCACCAGCAGCGAGACCACUAAAAAUCCACCGAGAUCGACACCCAGCGGAUUCAUCAACCUGCAGCCUGAAGCUGGAUCAGGCUCCAGGCUCUCCUCCUGCCUAGCGCACGUACUGAUGACAGCCGUGGGAAGCUCACUGCUGCGAGGGCUUCUCUGACACUGCCGCCUCCGGCACCGCAACCCACUGGAUCCCUCCUUUAAUUUUCACCGUCCUGCAAAAUAACGGUGCUGGCAACCUCCCUGCUGAAAAGCAGAAACCCAGGAACGGAAUGGAAUUUAUCCAUUUAGCACCAGCACAAAUUUGCUUAUUAUUUUUGAGGCUGGGCAGUGAAAGGAGGACAUUUUUCCAGCCCAAGGAAGCCUCACAGGUACUAACUAGCUAGCUGCUCUAUGUAAUACAAUCAUCAGCAAUAUUGACUGGUCUGGCACCGCAUUAAUGCCGACAGCAGGCCCAGUUCUGCCAGCUUUACUCAUACAGAGAGGUAUUUUACUGCUAAGCAGGCCCACUGGGUCCUGCUGAGACAGUGGGACAGCUCAGGGAUUUGAGUUACAGGCCCUCGUGGGGGAAGCAGAACGUGGCUCGGCCACGCAGUCUGAAAACUCAGGGAUCCACUAAAUUGCAUUUAACUUGUUUCACCUACAUCGAAAUUUUUGAUCAAGACUCGUUCAAACUACACAAAACCUGGUUAGAGGGAUGAUUAACUGAAGACAAAU